UUAGAGUAAGACACCAUUGGGGAUUCGGCCAUUGACUUCAUCGCAUUCACAAUGCGUCUACUGCUAGCCGCUAGCCAGCCGAGCUGAUGCGGUGAGGGAGCGCCGAUGCUGUUGGGUUCACACGCCGCCCGAGUCUGACGUUAAAGGAAUAAAACAAGUGUUUGAUACUUACAAGGUGAAACAGCAGUGGUUGAUUGGUCCUGUCAGCACCACUCCAUUAAAUCAUGGCUGAACCAGAACUCCUGUUGGACUCCAACAUCCGCCUGUGGGUUGUGUUACCCAUUGUGUUCAUCACUUUCCUCGUCGGGGUCAUUCGUCAUUACGUCUCCAUCCUGUUACAGAGUGACAAGAAGCUCACACUGGAGCAGGUUUCAGACAGCCAGGUUCUCAUUAGGAGCAGAAUAUUGAGAGAAAAUGGAAAAUACAUCCCUAAGCAGUCCUUCCUGAUGAGAAAAUUUUACUUCAAUAACCCAGAUGAUGGAUUCUUUAAAAAGACAAAAAGAAAAGUAGUGCCUCCUUCCCCAAUGACUGAUCCAAGCAUGUUGACAGACAUGAUGAAAGGCAACGUGACAAAUGUUCUUCCCAUGAUCCUUAUUGGCGGCUGGAUCAACUGGACCUUUUCUGGGUUUGUCACAACUAAGGUACCGUUCCCGCUCACACUCCGUUUCAAGCCUAUGUUACAGCAAGGGAUAGAGCUGCUCUCGCUCGAUGCAUCCUGGGUUAGCUCAGCGUCCUGGUAUUUCCUGAAUGUCUUUGGACUGAGAAGCAUGUAUUCUUUGAUUCUUGGACAGGACAAUGGUGCAGAUCAGUCUCGCAUCAUGCAGGACCAGAUAAGUGGUGCUGCUAUGGCGAUGCCUGCAGACACAAACAAAGCAUUCAAGGCAGAAUGGGAGGCUCUAGAGUUGACAGACCAUCAGUGGGCAUUAGACAGUGUGGAGGAGGAUCUGAUGAGCAAGGACUUGGAUCUUUCUGGCAUGUUCAGCAAAGAUUUGCCAACAGGAAUUUUCUAAAGGCAUUAAAGGACAUCACCUUAAAAUGUAAUUACGGUUAUAUUGUGUGGACCGGUUUGGAACUAAUGGGACACAUGGUAUUUAUUUUAGAGAAGUUGUGUAAACCUCACUGCAGACAUAUCUAAGUGUGCAUGUACUGUUCUAGCUGAAUUUCUUUUGGUUUACCAAAAAAAGAUUGAGACCUUAUAGAACUUUAUUUGAAAUUAACCUUCAUUUUAAAUAUUACUUUCUUCACUUUCAAAAAUAUAGUAGGACCCAUAUAAUAGCUUGUGCCCUAAGGUAUAUACUCUAACUACUUUCAUCGGUCACCAACAUGGGUCUUGGUUUGAUUUGAAGUAUGUUUGGUGUAGCUGAAACCUCAAACUGAACCAAUUAGCUUUGUACCCAUAUCAUUCGGUUUAGUCUUGUACCCCAUCACAUUCACAUAACAUUCCCCGAUCAGCAUUGUAUGUAUUGAGUUUUUUUUUUAUUCUUUUUAUUUGACUAGACGAUUAACAGGACCAUAGAAGAUGGUCCAUAAAAGUUAACGCAGUUUCCUAACUUACAUGGAAUUUUGAAAAUGGACCAAUUGCAAUUCAGUUAUAUAAAGAGCUGUCCUUUAUUAACAGUGGCAGAUUUUCAUCCGUCAUGAGGGUCAGUGUCAAGCUUUUAAGUUUCGCAGAUUUCCUGCUUUUAAGCGGUAAUUAUCUUCAAUUAUGUUUGAGCAGGAAAUCGCCAAAGUAUCCUCCACGACUGAUAGUGCAAACCUUUGAUAAAUUUCCUUUAAUCACCUGCUAGUCUUUUAACAGAUAUUACCCAUUCAUGUUGUCAUUGUUUUACUUAGGCGUUUGUUUUUUUAAUUACUAUUAUUUAUUUGAUUUUAUUUUGUAACAUUUCAUUUUUGUAAAGCAACACCUUUAUGUACUUGCAGAAGUGUCCGUUCAUAAUAGAACUCGUUUUCUAAAUCAA